AUGACUCACGGUAUUGCGCCUUUCAGUCCCAUCUGUCUUGACGAGAUCCAUCCCGACGACUUUGUGCAUUCCCUUGCAUGUCGCCACAUGUUUCACGAAAAGUGCCUGCGGUACUGGUAUCUGUACAGCAACAACAACUGCCCGCUCUGUCAGCGGUCGCUUCUUUUCGCAUCAGAUGUGCGGGAGGAAGGAACAGCUUCGGUAUAA